AUGGACAAGUGGGUGGACUGGUCCAAGACCACGCGGUCAAGGAACUACCGCGGGUCCGGCUCCUUCGCGACGUUCCUAAUCAUCGGGCCCGUCUGCUUCUUCCUAGGCAUCCUCUUCGCCUCCUUCCCCUACGACUUCCCCCUCCUCUGGACGUCCGACCCCGUCCCGGCAACCUACUACGACCAGCUCGAGACGCACCUCCGCUUCGUGCACCAGUCCCCGCCGCUGAUCGCGCGCCUCCUCAACAUCAUGGCCGCUGUGGGCUUCCUCGGCUUCUUCAUCAAGCUCUUCCGCCCCUCCGAGGCCAACGUGCUCUUCGACGGCGCCUCCCUCGUCCUCUACGUCAUCGGCGCCGGCGUGUACAUCGCCAACAUUGUCAAGGGCCUGCGCCUCGUCUCGGCGGGCGACUGGGAGGAGCGCGCCGCCGAGGCGGCCGCUCUGGCCGAGGGCGAGGGCGGCGCCCUGCGGCCCGGGGAGAUCAUCCUCGGCAGGGAGGACAGCCUCAAGGUCCUGAGCGCGAGUAACACCAUCCUCGCGCUUGUUCUUGUUGGCGUUCUCGUCUUGCAGGCUGGGCAGUGGUAUGCCGAGCGGAAGGAGGCGGAUGACGAGGAGACUGUUGAGAGGGCUGAGGCUGAGAAGAGGAGCGCCGCGGGCGCGAAGAAGAAGCAGUGA